AUGAAUGUGGACGUUAAAUCUACUCAAUAUACGUGCCUUCAUGAGAAUCUGUUCCACUACCUUUGUGAAGAAAACGGUGGUGCUGUAACACUUCCGGCCGCGAGAGGAGACGACGCAUGGAAGAUAUAUUUCAAUGAAAACCCCGAAGAGAUAGUUGACGAGUUCGCUAUGCGAUACGGGAUUGAAGCUAUUUAUCAAGCUAUGACACAUUUCCAUUGCCUCUCAACGAAGUACCUCUGCGCGGGGGUGCCGGCCGUCAUGUCCACUCUGUUAGCUAACAUAAACGCUUACUACGCCCACACAACUGCUUCAUCCGCUGUAUCAGCAUCUGACAGAUUCGCCGCAUCUAACUUUGGAAAAGAAAAAUUCGUCAAACUUCUCGAUCAACUACAUAAUUCUCUUCGCAUCGACUUAUCGAUGUAUAGAAAUAACUUCCCUGCCUCCAGCGCUGAAAAACUAAUGGAUCUUAAGUCUACUGUAGAUCUUCUUACUAGCAUCACGUUCUUCAGAAUGAAGGUCCAAGAGCUUAGUAGUCCACCACGUGCCAGCACUGUUGUCAAAGACUGCGUGAAGGCCUGCCUUAGAUCAACAUAUCAAUUCCUAUUCGAAAACUGUUACGAACUCUAUAAUCGGGAGUUCCAGGUGGAUCCAAACGAAGCCAAACGCGACCCAGCUGAUCACGGCCCACAAUUAGAUUCAUUAGAUUUCUGGCACAAACUAAUUGCACUUAUCGUAUCGGUUAUAGAAGAAGAUAGAAAUAGUUACGCGCCAGUUUUGAAUCAGUUUCCGCAAGAAUUGAAUAUUGGACAGCUAUCAGCAGCAACGAUGUGGUCCCUAUUCGCUGUAGACAUGAAGUAUGCUCUAGAAGAACAUGAACAGCAUCGACUCUGCAAGUCUUCCGCUUAUAUGAAUUUACACUUUAAGGUUAAAUGGUUGCACACAAACUACGUUAAAGAUGUUCCGCCAUAUUGUGGCGCUGUACCGGAAUAUCCUGCAUGGUUCGAACCGUUUGUGAUGCAAUGGCUGAAUGAAAACGAUGACGUUUCUCUGGAAUAUCUAAAUGGAGCAUUUAACAGGGACAAGAAAGAUGGAUUCCAAAAAUCCAGUGAACACGCUCUCUUCAGUAACUCAGUGGUAGACGUGUUCACUCAGCUCACGCAAUGCUUCGACGUAGUGUCCAAAUUGGAAUGCCCAGAUCCGGAAAUAUGGAAGCGAUAUAUGAAGAGAUUCGCCAAAACUAUCGUCAAAGUGCUAAUAGCUUACGCUGAUAUCGUUAAGAAGGAAUUCCCAGAACAUUUGAAAGAAGAGAGAGUGGCUUGUAUCUUAAUGAAUAACAUUCAGCAACUGCGUGUGCAAUUAGAAAAGAUGUUUGAAGCGAUGGGUGGCACAAAGCUCGAGCGCGACGCGGCCGAUAUCUUGAACGAUUUGCAGGCGAGCCUCAACAGUACAUUAGACCAACUGGCUUCUAUGUUUGCUAACAGCCUAGAGACCCGCAUCACGGCGAGUGUGAAGGAGCUGGGGGAGCUGCUGCAGAAGGUGGGCGGCGGCGCGGCGGUGCCGGGCGCGCCGCAGCCGCCCGCGCACCAAGAGGCUGACGAGGUGUUGAGGCCUUUGAUGGAUAUAUUGGAUGGCUCCUUAACAAUGUAUGCUGAAUCUUGCGAGAAGACGGUUCUAAAGAGGCUUUUGAAAGAACUAUGGAAGAUUGUCAUGAAGAUUCUUGAAAAGACUGUCGUUCUUCCUCCGAUGACCGAUAAAACGAUGAUGCUAAAGAAUCUGACGAACAAUGCGAAGAAUUUAGCAGCGAACGCAAAAAUCGAAGACAUGACGCAGCUGUUCAAGAGCACGGUCGGCAAACAGGAUGUCAAACACGCUCUUUCCGGCGUUAUGGAUAUUUCGAAGGAGCACUUAUCUGCAGAAAAAAGUCUAACACCAAAGCAAUGCGCAGUACUGGAUGCAGCUCUCGAUACCAUCAAACUUUACUUCCAUGCCGGUGGAAAUGGCCUCAAGAAAACGUUCUUAGAAAAGAGCCCAGAACUGCAGUCUCUGCGAUACGCUCUCAGUCUGUACACACAGACUACUGACACGUUGAUCAGAACGUUUGUUACCAGUCAACAAAAUCAAGACGCAGCCGUAGCAGAGGAAGGCAGUGUAGGCGAAGUAUCGCUCCAAGUAGACCUGUUCACGCAUCCCGGCACUGGAGAGCACAAGAUCACUGUGAAAGUGGUAGCCGCAAAUGAUCUGAAGUGGGUGAUCGCCAGCGGUAUGUUCCGUCCCUUCAUCGAGGUAAAUCUCAUCGGUCCUCAUCUCGCUGAUAAGAAGAGAAAAUUCGCGACCAAGUCUAAGAGUAACAACUGGAGUCCUAAGUUCAAUGAAACCUUCCAUUUUAUGGUGAGCGCGACGGAACAGCUGGAACUGUUCGAACUCCAUGUAUGCGUGCGUGACUACUGCUUCGCGCGCGAGGACCGCCUCGUGGGCGUCGCCGUCAUGCGCCUCGCCGACAUCGCUGAACAGGGAUCAUGUGCGUGCUGGCUACCUCUUGGCACCCGCAUCAAGAUGGAUGAAACAGGAUGGACGAUUUUAAGAAUCCUCUCACAGAGACAUAGUGACGAAGUUGCAAGAGAAUUCGUCAAGCUCAAAUCGGAAAUGCGAGCCGAAGCACCCUCUGGUAGCCAAGGACCAUCG